AAACCCACCACCAUUUUUUUUCUCUCUCUGCUAAAAUACGUCGGUCCACCGGAUUAUAAAAAUAAAACAAACAAAAAUUAGAAAAAUACAAAAAAAAAAAAUCAAACAAGUGUUUGAGUGAGAAAUUCACAAAAAUAAAAAAAAAAUAUAUAAAAAAUUGCUGUUGCAUGCGUAAAACAGUAAAAAUAAAAAAAAAAGUUUAGUGAAAACAGUUAAAAAAUAUUUUGAUAAUAUUUUCCACUGCCAAUUACACAACACGCUCUUUUUUUUUAAAUAAAAAAAAAAAAUUAAUUAUUAAUUUUUUUUUUAAUUAUAAAUGUUCCUAUUGAUUAUACAAUUUAUAUAGGAAUCAAAAAAAAAAAAGUGUAAAAAAAGUUGUACAAAAAAAAGAAAAUUUUUUUUUCAACACAUUUUGUUGAUCAAAAUGGUGCCACAGCAUACACAAGAAUCAAGUGUAACACCGCUAUCGCCGUCAAGUGCCGGUCCCAUUAUUGAAAUUAUUACCACCAAUUCCAACUCCACCUCUUCCUCAAUCAAUUCCACCAACUCAACCCUUGAUUUAAACAAUUUUAAUACAACAAUUUCAACUUCAACUUCUUCUGCUGCUAUUAAUAAUAAUUUAUUAAUCAACAUGAAUAAUUCAACAACAACAAAUUUAUUUGGCAAUAGCUCCAUUGAAAUGGAUACAACGGGAAAUAAAUAUAUUGUAAAUAGUAUCCUUUUUGGAUCGCAGCGUGUGGAUAUUCAUUCCACAACACCAUAUUCGGAUGCAACUCAGGUAAAUAUGAGUACAAAACUAUCAUAUUUGGGAAGAAUGGGUGAUUUGAUGAGGACCAAGGUUGUUACGAAAAAACACAGUCCCAAUCACAUUAAACGUCCAAUGAACUCCUUUAUGGUUUAUAGCCAAAUAAUGCGUCGAGAAAUUUGUGAAAAAACACCUGAACUACAUAAUGCUGAGAUAUCGAAAAAACUCGGUCGUGAAUGGAAGAAAUUGUCCACCGAAGAAAGAAAACCAUAUAUCGAUGAAGCGGAACUAUUGCGUCAGUUACAUAUUAAAGAAUAUCCCGAUUAUAAAUACCGUCCACAAAAGAAACAAGGAAAAUCCUCGAAAUCAGCUGCAACAACAACAACGGCAAACGGAGAAUCCAAUUCGUCCAUAAAUUCAACAAGUAACUCAUCAUCGUCCAAUGGUCAACAACAACAGCAAUUUAAUAAUCAACAACAACAACAAACCUCACCAUCUUUGUCAUCGUCAAUGUCAUCAGGAUCGCCAUCACCAUCGACACCAGGCAAAACAGGAUCAGCGAAUACAUCAACAUCGUCCACUGCCAGCAACGGUCGCAAGACCAAACACACUGCCACCAAACGAACACGAACAACAACUACCAGCAGUAGUGGCAGCACUACUAGCAAAAGGCAGAAAAAUGACUCCAACAACAACACAAAUCAUCAUCAUCACCACAAUCAUCAUCACAACACGAACACCAACAACAAUCAUCAGCAAUAUGUUCUCAAUCAUAGCGAAAGCAGCACCGAAAUGGACAUUACCGCUCUGACAAUCAAGCACGAAAUCGAUCAGAGACCUCUGGAGUCAUUGACUCCCAAUUCGCCCGAAGGUGCCAAACUAACGCCGAAUUUGUUUCUCGAUGAUUUCUUCCCUGGUUACUAUGAUAGCGAUCCUCAAAAUGAUACUAUGUUGAUGAUUAACGAUCUAAUACCACAGAAUACCGUGUUUGUAGGGUCAGAUCCGGUGGUGCAGGGAUGUAAUGACAACGACGAUAAGGGUACCAUUUUUAAUGACGCUAACCUUCAUCCUGCCAGUAUUCAAACCAAAUUGCCCACAUUCAGUUUGUAUAAUAAUUUGCAUCAACAAUCUGCCCAGCAAUUAAACAAUCAACAUCAACAACAACAACAACAGCAAUCAAACAAUCAUCACCUGCAACAACAACAAACCAAUAACAACAAUAAUACCCAUCAACAACAACUUCAAUCACAACAACAGCAACAACAACACCACCAGCAACAACAGCUCCACCAUACGACGAACAGCAGCAAUCACAAUCAUCAUCAAUCACAACAACAACAAUCACUUCAACAAUCACAACAACAACAGCAACAAAACCUACAAACCAAUAACAACAGUAACAACAACAACAAUGAAACAACGAUAAUUAUACAAGAUGGCGGCACACCAACUGUCACCAUGAAUGUCAAUGUUGCCAAAUUCGACGACUAUUAUACGACAAAUCCAAGUGCCAGUGUGACAGAUGACAGUGACUGUAGCAUAGUUACCAGUGAUGCGUUUUCACCAACCUCAGCUGUCUACUGUAGCCCAAAUCGUAAUAAUAAUGGCGGCGAUAGAAGUUCUAAUGGAAGCGGCGGCGGCAGCAACACAGAAACCAAUAACCUCUUAGGAAAUGAAUAUCUCAAUAUUUAUGGCAUGCCAAUAAUGGAUGGGUAUUACGUUUUUUAUGAUUAAAAAACAAAAAAAAUAUGAAAGAACAGAAAAAUAAAAAAGAAUUUUGCCAAACAGCAUUACUUCAAUAAGUGAUAUAAAAAAUAUUUUUUUUUUAAGAAAAAAAUAAUGAAAGCAAUGAAUAAGGAAGCAUAUAGGUAGUGCGGAAUGAAAGAAAAAAAAAAGAAGAAAUAAAAGAUAGUCGUUACUCAAAUGGUAUUUUCAUGUUAAACUCACCAAAAUAUAUGAAACAAAUAUUUUUAUUCACUUUUUUAUUAUUAAUUUUAGAUAAUUUAACAAAAAAAAAAAAAACAUUAACACUUAGACAAAAGAACCAUUUCGCCUCCUGACAGUGAAUUAUAAUUUCACUUAAUCAAUCUAUAAGACACUUACACAUAAAUAAAACAACACACAAAUACAACAAUAGAAUCAAGAAGUGCAUAUUAAUUAAAAAUCAACCUCCUCUUUCAUGUUAACGAUGAUUUUUUUUUCUCUAACUGCUGCGGUCUUGAGCUUUAGAGUUGACUUCAAAAUCAUUUUUGAACUUAAAAUUCCAACUCUAAAAAGUUCUCAAGUACCUGAUCUCUCCGGGUAAAAAUUAAUUUGAAAAUCGUUAGCAAAAAAGAGUAAGGUUGAACCAACUAUCCAGAAAAUGCUGCCAGGUGUCUGAUGAGAUGUUUUUUUUUCAUAGUUUUCUUAAACAAAAAAAUAAAAUAAACAACAAGUCAUGUGUCUUUUAAAUAUUUUUAAGAAUU